GCACCAUCGAAAACAGUGGAAGAAGAACGGCGACGUCAACGCCCACCAACGGCAGCGGCAACGGCAACGGCAGCGGCAGCGGCAGCGGCAACGGCAGCGCGGUGUUCGCAGCUUCUAUUACGUUGCUGCUUCUAUUUUCUGGUUAACGGUGUAUUUUCUUGAUCCUUGUGGUGUUUGUACCAUUGGAUGAAUGUCAAGAGCACGGGUUGUGACCGACCUCAGAGGCGUGUGAAAGCGAAGCGGUCGCCGCUUGUGCGCGCAGGAAGCGGGUGCACGAGGAAUUGGCAAGUUUGUCUUUCUGACUGGACAGCAUGGCCAAGGCAGAGGCCAGUUUGUCGGCGUCGCUGGGCCUGCAGUGGCCGCUGGAGACGCGUGACUGGUUGAUUUUGCGCGAGGGCUACCUGUCCAAGUCCAAGUUGGCCAAGGGACUGAUUCGCUCGACCAAGCUGCGCUGGUUUGUGCUGAAGCAGGACCCAGUGUCUCGUGAAUCGCGACUCGAGUAUUAUGAGGGCCGCCUGUUUCGCGGCUCUUGUACGCUCCGCGAUGCUGUCAUCUGCCCGGCCAAGAAGCCCGGGACCUUCAGCAUUCAAACGCCUCGCGCUCAGGGUUCGCGCACCAUCACCUUGGCCACAGAUGCAAAUCAGGUAGACCAAGCCACCCAAUGGGUACUUGCACUGAAGCGGGCAGCCACCUCCAGUCGUGACGCCGCCGCUGCUGCCGCCAAUGGGGACACGCAGUCUUUGGCUUCUCAGGGCAGUGGCAACUCGCAGCGCGUUUUGCAGCAGCGUCUGUCCCUCGACCUCAACGCGCUCAUGGCCGACGUGACAGUCGAAAACACUCGAUCACGGGGUGGCGAUGGCGAAAUUGAUGGCGCUGCCAUUGACAAUGCCCGAUGGGCAGCGCUGCGCAAGACUGGGCAGCCCGAAGAGGAGGCACAAGACUUUGAGGAGGAUGAGGACGUGCGCCUGCUCCGUGAGAUGGAAGAAGAAGAGGAGCGACGUCAAGAGGAGGAGCGACUCGCUUUCCUGGCUGAGCGUGAAGCACAGAAGCAGGCACAGAAGCAGGCCGCUGCUGAGCUGGAGAAAGAAGCUGCUGAAGAAAGCACCCCGGCAGCUGACCCAGAGCCGGAGGUUGCAGAGGGUGAUGUUUCGGAGGAUGAGGAUGAUUUUUUCGCAGAGAUGGAGCGCGCCGAGCGCGAAGAAGCCGAGCGUCAAGAGCGUGAACAUCAAGAAUGGCUCAAGUCCCAAGCUGCCCAGUAGACAACAGACUCUCUGCGGCGACCGGUGCCUCAAAACUCGCUCGGGUUGUCUUUCUCUUGCUUUCUUUCUCGUGCACGUGCAAGCAGCCAGACCGCCUGCCAUCCUGUGAAUUCUAAACCUGUCAACUUUU